AUGGGCCAACCGAAUUACCCAACUGGACCCUGGGAUGCGCGAAACGAAGCAUUUAGGCAGCACUUUAGCCAGCUUGAUCGCAUGCUGCAGUCGUCAGGGGCUUCUACCAAUCGUUUGGAUUCUGUCAUUGCGUUAAACGCGUUGGCAGUUAGCGCUGGACGCCGUCUAGCUGGAUGGUGCUGUCAUGGCGCCGAAGGUGAUGUGACAGUGGGCAAAGACCUGGACGAACCCCUUAUCGAAUGGCGGAUUCUCGCAACUCUCAUCGACUACGGGUUAGACGAAUUCGAAUGGCUUGAGUUUCUCUCGCCACAGCAAAACCUCAUCGGACAGGCGCUGUGUGUACUCGCCUGGCCAGUACACGGGUGGAGUAGCAGCGAGUCUGCAAGUUUGGCAGCGCAUUUAUCGAAAGAACCGAACAGCCUGAAUGCUUUCGGUGAAGGCAACCGUAGAGUGAGACGGAGGUCUUCUUCGCCUUUGCGAAGAGAGGGUAUUUUUCUCCCGCCUCCACCAGCUGUGUUUGGUGCAGCGUUAAGGCGCCAAGCUUGUCUUUUAUUAAUAAAUCUGUGGUCUCUUGGGGCCUUCGCUUUUCACCACAUUGUUCGUCGUAGAGGCGACGAAACAGCGAACAACGCAGCUCUAAGUAGCCAGGACUGGGACCCAUCCCAGAGAAGUCACAGUUACACUGCGGCAAUGGAGGGCGGCGAUCUUCGACGGAUUAUGCUUAAGACAAUCUCUUCCAAACCUGGUGAAAUGGGGAUCGAGCCACUUGGAUUUUUGCGGAGAUGGUCCUAUUUUCAGGGUCUAUGGCGCUCAGCUCUCUCCGGGACGCCUCUGCCUGACGCCCUGCCAAACAGUUCUGCGUAUUCCCUCGGCUCACCGUACCUCCGCCACUACCAAUGCCAGUCACCCCAGACUUCCCGACACUUCCGAGCGCUCCAACCUGCUGAGAAUGCAGCCACACAGUCGCAGCCCAGUCGAUGUCUCCGCAGUUACGAACCGGUCUGUCUGCGGUUGUUGACGCGUCGCGCGGUCCGUCACUACGUCGCCCGCGCCGAAUUGGCUCGACACGACACCUUCACUGCCCACCCGCAGCUUACAGUUCCUUCGCUUCAACGGUUUCUCGGCUACUUCCAUAACCUUCAACAUAUCAUGGGGGCGCAGUUGCCCUCUGGCUUGCGAACUCUUAUCUCCAUUUUGCAUGCCGAGGACCCUGCCAAUCUACAAGUAUUAUAG